UCGGACCAGUGCUGCGCCGACAUCAACAACUUCCAUAGUGCAAGAUUGGUAGUCUAGAAGUCUGACCGAGCUUGCUAACGUUGCCGCAGCACUCCCUAAGUAGAUCUCCAUCCAGGCUAGACUUGGUGACGCAGACCCCUCCAGCUGCGAAGGGUUCACUAGACUUGGUCCGGCGCCUGGAACACACUCCGACCGUGAACCCUCAAAGACAGCAUCUGACCUGCUAGCAGCCCGGUGCCUGCCGCAGCAAUGUCUGUCUCUUCAUCAGAUUUCCCACUCACUGAACGCUUCCUCUCUCUGUGACGUCCUCAUCACAAUACCCUUCUAACCCAACUACUGCUUGCCCGUAGUUGUGCGCCCAUGCCCCGGUCGACCCCAACGCUCACCAGCAGCUCUUCGCGACCUCGAUGCUCGCUGAAUCCGAACAGUCGCAACGCGAGAAUCGUUACCACAAUGCCAUCGGCCAGACCCAGCGCGAACUGGCGAGGCGCUCCCUUACCGAGCUGAGGAGGGAGACCUCCCAGCGGGAGCUCACUUCCUAUGCCCUCAUUGACAUUCUGGAUAUCGAUGAUCGACCCUCAUUCAUAAUCGACCUUUCCCUUCCUUCCCCUCGCCACGCCCUCAUCAAUCCGAUAUACCACAAUCCGGCAUUGGCCGCUGCUGGACGGUUAUGGGCGCAGAUACAGGAACCGAGCAAUCCCCUCGGCCCUUUGGCGGAGGGAAACGCGGCCUUCCGGUGCUGGGUGUUUGACGAGUUGAAAGAGAUAGAUUUGGUGAGCCGUGGCCGAACACAUAGUUGGGAGGGCUACAUAUGGUCCGCAACCACUAUAAAACAGCAUCGCAUAGUGAGCGGCGUAUUGGGCCCGCCAACGCGAGUCGAGCGAUCAUCCUCCCUGAGGACGAUAGACUCGCGGGAGCACAAGGAGCCAAAGAACCUACCACAGCUCCUCGAGUCUCAUUUGCCAUCUGUGCCAAACGCGACCCCCUCGGGAAGUUCACGUGAGAAUGAUAGUUAUCCAUUGCAGUCCGAUGUACCGCAGGACAAUUUCGAUUUUACCAGGGAUCCUCCGUCAAUGAGACUGACUCCCCAUUUGGAAUACUUCCGCAGCAUUGGCUGGGCCAAUACAAAGCUCGGCCCAAUGAAGGAUUGGUCUCCUCAGCUGCGAUCCGCCGCAAAUUUGGUCUUGAAUGAUACACACCCGGCGCUCCUCUUGUGGAGUGACGAUGUUAUCAUGAUAUAUAACGAAGCCUACGUCGAGGUGAUUGGGCUGCUUCAUCCUUGUAUGGGACAAAGUUCACGUGUCGCUGGUAAGGAUUACUGGGGUUAUUUCAAACCGCUUUUAGACCACAUCAGGGCAACGGGCGAGACUCUUACUGAAAAUGAUAUGCCCAUCUUCAUCGACAGGCAUGGAUUUUUAGAAGAAGUCUUUUAUUCUUUCCAAUUUAUGCCAAUCUUGGAUGGUGAUGGCAAAGUAGGGGGUUAUUACCAGAUCCUUAGGGAGACUACCCAGAACAAUAUUCUUCAGCGGAGAGUGUCGAGUCUCGUCGAGAUCGGGAGCCAGACUGCAAAAGCACGCGACCCGGAUGCAUACUGGGAUCUUGUCUUGAACACGCUAGCCAUUAACGAAAAGGAUGCACCGUUCGCUCUCUUGUAUGCCGUAGAGCAUGAGGUCGGAACGGACGUAUCCUCCAUCUCUUCUCCUGGCAGCACAACCUCUAUUGAUCGUUGCAUUCUCAAAGGGGCUAUUGGUGUAGAGGCUGAUCACCCGAUCGCACCUUCGGUCAUAGCUCUCGACGAGAGCGGCGCGAUUUUCUCGCCUCAUCUUCGGAAAGCUGCCAAGUCAAGAAGGCCUACGCUUGUGCAUUUUGAGGACAUCGACGUUCCAAAGUCGGUGCUGGACGGAAUAGCGUGGAAGGGGUACGGCGAGCCCUGUAGAUGUGUCGUAGUGUGCCCUCUUCUCCCUACAACCAGUGAACAACUUUUAGGAUUUAUGAUUCUUGGAGUAAACCCCAGAAGGCCUUUUGACCUCGAGUAUGAACAAUUUGUACACGUUACUAACCGUCUGCUCGGAACCUCUCUUGCUUCAGUCGUUCUCUUCGAUGAGGAACUCCGACAAAAGGAGACUGCUAUUGGACAGGCAGCACUUAUACAAGAGCAUCUUCUUGCUGAGCUUAGCAACAAAGAGAAAAAAUUUCAGCGAUUCGCAGAGCGCUCAGACAUUGCGAUCUUUAUCCUGUCACCAGAGGGCCGUUACACAUAUAGGAAUCAGCGGUGGUUUGAAAUCUUCAAAGACGCCGCCAACGCAGACGAUGUCGCUAUGGUUUGGAAGAGUGUUGUUUUCCCUGAAGAUAUUUCAUUCUGUGAGGGUCUUUUCUCUAAACUUGUCGAUCACAAGACGCCCAUCAGCUUCGAAUUAAAGACGACAAUGCGGUUCGACCCGCCCGAUGACUUGGCAGAACCCAGUGACUCUUCACAGGAGCACUACCAAUGGAUCAUCUGCUCCGCCUAUGCGGAACUGAACAGCAAAGGCGACAUUGUCGAAAUCGUCGGGAAUGUGACCGACAUCUCCAAGCAGAAAUGGGCUGAAGAGCUGCAAAAGAUGAGAACGGACAGUGCCCUCGAAAGCAAGGAUCAUCUCGAGCACUUCAUCGAUACAACUUCCCACGAGAUGAGGAACCCGCUGUCCGCCAUCAUGCAAUGCGCCGACGAGAUCCUUACUUCUACACGUGGAUCGCGAGAUGGCGGUCUCGCCGCUUUGUCCGCCGCCAGCUACGAAGAAAUAUUCGAGCAGGCGCUGGAUGCUGCACAAACGAUCGCGCAGUGCGCACAGCACAUGAAACGCAUCGUGGAUGACAUACUCACCAUAUCCAAGCUGGACUCGGGUCUCCUCGUCAUCACCCCUGUUGACGCACAACCGCACGUCAUUGUCAGUCACGCCGUCAAAAUGUUCAACACCGAAGCCAAGGCGUCAGGAAUCGAGAUGAAAUUCAUUAUUGAGGAGUCUUAUCGCGAUCUUGGUCUGGACUGGGUGUCUCUAGACCCUACAAGACUACUUCAGGUCCUCAUCAAUCUUAUCACCAACGCCGUGAAGUUCACGCGCCUGGAACCAGUCCGACUCAUUACAGUAUCAAUGGGUGCCAGUUCCACCCCGCCGCCCUCCACCACUCCUGGCGGCGUCCAAUACAUCACCACGAAACUCGUAGGCGAAAACCGCCAGCUGCGGGAUGACUGGAAACAUGGCAGUGCCGUCUACCUCGAGUUCUCCGUCCGAGACACCGGUCGGGGGCUCGCCGAAGACGAAAAGGAAACCCUUUUCUCCCGCUUCUCGCAAGCUUCGCCACGCACCCACAUCCACUACGGCGGCUCCGGCCUCGGCCUCUUCAUCUCGCGACGCCUGACCGAGAUGCAAGGCGGUUCCAUCGGACUAGCCAGCGAAUACAAGAAGGGCAGCACAUUCGCAUUCUAUAUCAAAGCCCGCCGCUCGCGAUCUGGCUCACGGCGCGGCAGCCUCCCGCACGUCUUCCCAGAGGACAUACGACAUCGGCCGCACACGCCCAAGGAAUUCGACAGACUCCUCAACCCGGUACAUCCGUACCCCGUGCCCAAGCUCAGCGGCGCGUCGCCACACCCCCACCAUCACGAACAACCCUCCUCGUCCCAAGCACCGCAUCAACAACAACCCACCGACAACACCUCCUCCCCACCCGUCUUCGACGAAGACGACCUCCGCUGCGUGCCCGAGACCCUCCACGUCCUCGUCGUAGAAGACAACCUCGUCAACCAAAAAGUCCUCGCAAAGCAACUCCGCAAACUCGGCUGCGAAGUCUCGGUCGCGAACCACGGCGUCGAAGCCCUUGACUUCCUCAAGAAGACCCGGCAUUGGGACCACUCGAAGCCCUGCACCGUCGUCACAACCUCCAACAAUGGCAAAAGUAGAAGCAAUAGCAAUAGCAAAAGUAACAAGCCAACGACGCCUCCUCAUCCCGGCGGGGGGAAUGCUAAGCCGCUCUCGCUCUCUUUGAUCCUAAUGGACUGGGAAAUGCCCAUAAUGAACGGGCUGACGUGCGUGUCGAAGAUCCGCGCGCUCGAGCGGGAAGGGGUGGUCACGACGCAUAUACCGAUCAUUGGUGUGACGGCCAACGUCCGGCAGCAGCAGAUCACAACGGCCAUGGAGGUGGGGAUGGACGAUGUGGUCGGGAAGCCGUUCCGUGUCGCGGAUCUGCUGGCGAGGAUGAGGGGUGUGAUAUCGGGGACGGUGGGGAUUAAGGCUGAGAGCAUUGAGGGGAGUGAUGGGGAGAAGGUGCGGGAGGGGAGUUGAUGUGUUAGGAUGAUUAAUUGCCUGAUUGAUGAUGCAGAUACUGGUACUGGUGCUCUAUGUAAAUACGAAGACAUAU